AUGUGCUCCAGACUCUAUUUUGUGAUGCUCCUAGUUGCAGUUGCAAAAUUUCCCCUGGAAGCGGGCUGUCGAUUCGAGUUUACAAACGUAAACUGCACUUCAUUUGACAAAAAAUUCGGGGAAUUUGAAUACUGCUUUUUGAAGUCGGUGAAUCGCAGUUACAAAUACUUAUCGGCCAAACUGCAACUUUACCAACUGCCCAUAACUAAAAUAUUGAUCAACUUGGUGAUGUGGAAAAGGUACAAUGGAUACAAGCCGUUUCUCUAUAACAUAACAGUUGACUUUUGCAAAUUCAUUAACAACCGAAAAUCGAACCCAGUGGCGAACUUCGUUUUCGAAUCAUAUCAGAGCUUUUCGAAUCUCAAUCACUCGUGCCCCUUUAAUCACGACCUCAUAAUGGACAAACUUUCCAUAGAAAUAAUGAACCACCGUAUGACAAAAAUUCUGCCCUUCCCAGAAGGGGAUUAUCUCUUCGAGACCACUUGGUUUCGGUCCAGAGCUCGUACUUUUGUAAUAAAAAUUUAUGGAACUUUGUCAUAA